GCUAGUGUCCAAACCGAUAUAGCAUCGUUAAUUUUUUUUAUUUUUUAACGUUAUUGCUUGUUUUAUUUCUAAAAAUGAAAUAUUUAUUCAUAAAUAUUGUCCUAUCACUUGGAUCAAGUAGUGUCACGUCGACGGGGAUAGGAAUACAGACUGAUACUGACAUUCAAGGAAAAAUGGGACUUUUGUGCGUCGACGGGCCGCAGGAUACUGACUAUCCGACUUGCGAAUGUUUACGUAAACUUCCAAUUUUUGGUAAUUUAGCUAUUGGACCACCAGAUAUUCCGUAUUUAGGUGACAUUCCAGGUUUUUCUGACGAUGACGCAGUUCCGUAUAUUUCUAGUGAUAAUGACUUGAUAAUACCUUCUGGUUCUGUUACAAUCGACGGAUUAGAGUGCGAAGAUGAAAGUGGAGAUCAAAUAGAAUUGGAUCCGAGAAUAAUUUACUUGUUAAAUAUCGAAGUGAGCGAUUUUAUCGGGCGUAAUAAUUCAUACGUCCACAUUGACGGCUUAGCUAACGAUGAAACAGAAAUAACCUACAAAAAAUCACUCACUAGAAAAAAUCCAUUGAACAUCGUAAGUGGCAGUGUGUCAGUCAACGGUAAACAAAUCCACAAAAUUGGUCCGAAUGCUAAGGAAAAUUUUUGCGGGCCUUUCGAAUUGAAUUCCAUUGAAGACAACAUGUGGCAAAUACUUAACAAUGUUGUGCUAAAUGGACAGGGGUGUCCAAUUAAAAAAGGUACUUCCGUUAUGGUUAAAAAAAAAUUUCCCAUAACAUUGAUAUUUGACAAGCCUCUCAAAUGCGGCGAAUACAACAUGGACAUACGUGUUAAUACCCCCGAAGAUAAUUGGACCUUUUGGAUUUGGGCAGAAUGGACAGUAUCCGAAAAUUUACAUUGCGAAGAAGAAUAAAAAAUUUUCGCACUUGUAUCUCAUGUCUUCUUAAAUUAAAUUAUUUUAAUGUAAUUUUUAUGAAUCAAUAAAUUAUUCAAAAUCGAUUUCUAUCAAAAUGUAAAAAAAUAGUGAAAGCAUUUUUUUUUUAUUUUUGCAAAUUUCAUGAAAACCCAUGAUAGCUGGAAUAUUUAGAUUUUUUAAUCAGUGCUGUACUAAAAAAUUUGAUAAAUUUUUUUUUAUUUUCCAUGCGCUUGCGCUCACUUAAACAGUUCAUAAUACCUCUGCUAAUUAGAACUCCGUUUGCUUCAUACUUGUAGUUAAUAUUUUUUUCAAUUUAAACUCUCAGUGCAAAAAUAAAAAAAUUUCUUCUACUCACGAUUUUUUUUUACUAAAAUUGAUAUUUAACUUUUUGAAUGUAGCUAUAAUAUAUAUACAUAUAUAUAACAGUGGAAAAUUUUUUAAUUACUUGAUUGUCAGUAAUAGCAUUAUAAAAUUAUAUAAAUAAAAAAUAAAAAAAAAAUUGUCAUUGUCA